UGAUUCCGAACUCCUCCGGAACGUAUAAAAAGCCGCGUCCAGAAGCCGCGGCACUUCAGUCUUUUCAAAAAUAUCAGGAUGGCUCUAGAACGUCAAGUGCGCGCUAAGCUUGCGGGGAAACGCAACCCCGAGCAGGAGAAGGAGGCACAGGAAUGGAUCGAAUCAAUCCUCGGCAAGAAGUUUCCUCCUGGUGAAGCCUUCGAAGACGUGCUCAAGGACGGUCAAGUCCUGUGUCAUCUGAUGAACAAACUCUCUCCUGGAUCCGUACCAAAAAUCAACACUACUGGCGGACAGUUCAAGAUGAUGGAGAAUAUCAAUCUGUUUCAAAAGGCGCUAAAGGACUACGGGGUGGACGACGUCGACGUUUUCCAGACCGUAGACUUAUGGGAGAAGAAAGAUAUAGCCCAAGUAGUAACGACAUUGUUCGCGCUUGGCCGGACGACAUACAAGCAUCCUGAAUGGAAAGGACCUUACCUAGGACCUAAGCCGUCAGACGAGUGCAAACGCGAUUUUUCGGAGGAACAAUUGCGAGCUGGCCAGACGGUAAUCGGUCUUCAGGCAGGUUCCAACAAGGGUGCGACCCAGGCAGGCCAAAACAUCGGCGCCGGCCGCAAGAUUCUUCUUGGAAAGUAAAUUAAAAAUUCGGCACAGCUGCUUGCGAAUCCUCUCUUCCAGUCAUUAAAGCUAAAACAUGUCGUACUUUUUUUGUAUGUACACAUAAAUACGUAUAUAUAUUUUUUAUUUUACUUUUGUAAUUAAAUGAUAAACGGCUGCUAUUUAUUUCCCUUCAUUUUACUUAUAUGAUAGCCAAUGUAUCUCAUCAUAGUGAGUUCUAAUCUUUUUAUAGUUAAUCAGAAGAUACAUCUCUAUCAAUUGACCCAAUAAGCAUACUUGAUAAACUGAUUUUUACGAUUAAGGAUAUAUAUUUUUAUGAUGCUAUCUUUAUUUAAUCAACUUUCUUAUCUUUUCGCGCCCUGAGAGUUCAGUCUCGAAAAAUGUUAAAAGUCAAUGACAGGUGUAUGCGUUUCAAAGCAACAAAAUUUGUUAUUUAAUUAGUCGGUUGCGCACUUCAGAACAACGAAGUAAUUGUUAUCUAAACAAUUCCAAAUAAAGUUAGUUCUAUCCAUUCGAAA